AUGGACAGAGAUGGUUUGAUGGAGAGAAGGAGGAAUGCCAAGCCGGCUUGGAGGCAGGUGUCUUCAGAUAGCAAAGGCGACUCAAGCUGUUUCCAAAAUAGAAGCGCUGACGAGGCUUGCGUGGCUGUGAAAAUCGAACACUCUAGAGAACAUGCUUUAGCCAGCAGCCCCUCCCCCGGGAUCAGCAGCUCCCCCAGUGUCCAGGAGUGUCUAAGUCGAGCCAGCAGUGGGGGCAAUAAAAAGAACAUAAAAGGCUCUGAUGGAAAAGGAUCGGGUAGAAGGACGCGCCUCGACUCCAAACCCAAAGUGCCUCCAAAGCCUCCUCACCUGCAGAGCCCGGUGACUGCCCCGCCCUGUCCACUCAACCACAUCCAGAAAACAAAGGCGUUUCAAACACAAAAGUCCAAGAUGGAGGACAGAGGGGCCAAGGAGCGCCUCAAAGAGAAGCACUCCAAAGUGUCCGCUCUCAUCAGCCGCUUCGAGGACGGAAGCAUUGCCGACAGCAAAACCAAGCACCUAAAGUCGCCCAACGGCAGUCCGGCUCACCGCACUAUUGCAACGCCGCAGAAGCAGACCGGCUCGGACGACAGGAUCCAGCCACCGGACGCCGAGGGGAAGCCACGAGAUGCGGCGAAACCAGCCACGAAUGGAGUGGUAGCUCAUACGGACAAAGUGAAGUCAGACGGUUGUAGUAGUACGAAUGCUGAGAGUGAGGCUGUGAGGACUGAGGAGAAGGGGGUAGUGAAUGGGCAGAGGGGCAGCGAGGAGCAGAUGGAAGCGCACUCGCCUUCCUGCUUCAAAGGGACAGAUGCGUCUGACAAUGAAGACAAAAUCCAACCUCGGCUUGAAGAAGUCAGCACGCAACCCAAGGAAACCAAUGAGCAGAAGUUGUUUAAAAUCGCCAGCGAGCUCCUUCACACAGAGAAGGCGUAUGUGGCGCGGUUACACCUGCUGGAUAAGGAGUUCUGUGCCAAACUCCUGGUGGAGGCCAACAAAGGCACGUUUCCUGUGGACGUGGUCAAAAGCGUCUUCUCCAACAUCACCUCCAUUCACGCCUUCCACAGUCAGUUCCUGCUUCCGGAUCUGGAGAAAAGAAUGGGGGAAUGGGCCUCCACGCCUCGCAUCGGGGACAUCCUUCAGAAACUCACACCCUUCCUCAAAAUGUACGCUGAAUAUGUGAAGAAUUUCGACAAGGCCAUGGACGUGCUGAAGCAGUGGAACGACCGCUCGCCUCCGUUCAAAGCUAUUAUUAUGGAAAUCCAGAGCCAGGAGGUGUGUGGCAGCCUGACCCUGCAGCAUCACAUGUUGGAGCCGGUGCAGAGAAUCCCACGAUACGAGAUGCUGCUCAAAGAUUACCUGAAGAAGUUGCCCGCAGAUGACCCUGACAGACGAGACGCAGAGAAAUCACUAGAAAUUAUCGCAACUGCUGCUACUCAUUCCAACAGUGCAAUCCGCAAGUCUGAAAACUUGAAGAAGCUGAUGGAGAUUUACGAGAUGCUGGGCGAGGAGGAGGACAUCGUGAACCCUUCCAACGAGUUCAUCAAAGAGGGCCAGAUCCUGAAGCUGGCGGCUCGCAACACGUCGGCCAUGGAGCGCUACCUUUUCCUGUUCAACAACAUGCUGCUGUACUGCGUGCCUAAGUUCAGCCUGGGGGGGCCCAAGUUCACGGUGCGGACGCGGAUCGGCAUCGACGGGAUGCAGGUCGCGGAAACCGUCAAUGACGAGUAUCCGCAUACUUUUCAAGUGAUGGGCAAAGAGCGGGCUCUGGAGCUACAGGCCAGCUCAGAGAUGGACAAGGCCAGCUGGAUUAAGGCUCUUCGGGAAACUAUUGACAUUUUCCAGCAAAAGAAUGAGACGUUUAAGAAUGCCUCAAAAGACGUGGAGGUUUUGAAGGAUGAGUUGGGGAAGCGCGCCCCUCGCUGGAUCCGGGACAAUGAUGUCACCAUGUGUAUGAAAUGCAAAGAGAAUUUCAAUGCACUGACACGCCGCCGACACCACUGCAGAGCCUGUGGAUAUGUGGUGUGCUGGAAAUGCUCUGAUAACAAAGUCGCACUUCAAUACGACAACAACAAGAUCAACAAAGUUUGUCAAGACUGUUACCGAAUCCUGAAGGGAGUCACAGUGUCGGAGGAGAACAAGAAGAAAGGCAUUCUGGAGAUCGAGGCAGCAGAGUUUUCAGCCAACAGCAUCAUGAGCGGCUUCCUUCAGUACUGUGAGAAGAGCAACAAGCCGUGGCAGAGGGUGUGGUGCGUCAUCCCCGAGAAGGAAUGUUUCGUGCUCUACCUCUACGGAGCGCCGCAGGACGUGAAGGCACAGUGCUCCAUCCCUCUGCUGGGUUACAUCGUGGACGAGGCCCCGCGCCCCUCAGACCCCCCGUCCAGCUUCCGCCUCACGCAGUCCAUAUCCGUGCACAACUUCGCCGCGGACACCGAGGACCUGAAGCAGCGCUGGCUCAAAGUCAUACGAGUGGCGGUGACGGGGGACACGUGCCCUCAGCAGAACGGCAGCAGCAUCACAGACAAUAACAACACAACACAGGAAGCGGUCACAGACACAGACACCACAUAG